ACCUUCGAGAUGCUGUGGGACAAAGUAGCAACGAGGAGGAGACGACUUUUCCUUGUCGAGUAAAGAUUAGCACCGAAAGUUUGACACCGCCGACAAACCCCUUGUUUCUCUGCCUCACUGCUGAUGAGAGCAAGCUUGUCGUCGCUUCGAGAUCCGUAGUAACGACGUGGGACGUGGAAAGGCGACGCGGUAUAAGUUCUCGUCUACAACCACCGUUCAGGCUUUAUAAACAA